AAAAUACAAUUUGAGAAAGCUCAAUGUAUUUUGGUGAACCCUACUCUCUUUCUCUCUCUCUCUCCGUCGCCCGACUGAAGGAGGGUUCUUUGAGAUUUCAUCUUCCCCUGAUCACCAUUCUUUUAGUUUUCAAAUUGAAUUGAGAAACCAUGGGAACCCCAGAGACAUCUAGGGAGCCUUGCCCAGAUAGAAUUCUAGAUGAUAUUGGCGGUGCAUUUGGCAUGGGAGCAGUUGGAGGGGCAGCUUUCCACUUUUUGAAAGGCACGUAUAAUUCCCCUAAAGGAGAGCGAUUAGGCGGUGGUUAUCAAGCCAUGCGAAUGAAUGCACCUCGUGUGGGCGGCAGUUUUGCUGUUUGGGGAGGUCUGUUUUCGGCGUUUGAUUGCACGAUGGUAUAUGUUCGCCAAAAAGAGGAUCCAUGGAACUCGAUCAUAGCUGGUGCUGCCACUGGGGGUUUCCUUCAGAUGAGGCAGGGACUAGGUGCUGCUUCACGGUCUGCUGUUUUUGGUGGAGUAUUGUUGGGUUUGAUCGAAGGAGCUGGAAUCAUGCUGAAUAAAAUCUUGAGUGCUCAACCUCCAAUGGAGGAGCCAUUACCAAGUAUGCCUGGUGUACCCCCCAUGGCCCAAUUUCCUGGUCAAACAAUUGGAACCUUGGGAGAUGGAUCAUCAAAAUUACCAGAAUCACCAUCAUCAGCAUCAUCUUCGUCAUGGUUUGGAGGAAUUUUUGGCGGAGAUAAAAAGCAAGAAAAUAGUAACAGCAGCGGAAAUAAGACCCAGGUUUUGGAAAGCUUUGAUUCGCCUAGUCCACCAACAUUCGAGUAUAAAUGAGCCGUGAUAUCAUGAUAAUGGUGGAACCGGGCAGGUCAUUCAGUUCCAACAAGAGAAGAUUCGGGGUUUAAGGGACUUGAAUUUCAUAGUCAUUGUAGCAUUAUUGUUAUUUCCUUCCUUAUUGAUGGAAUAAGACAAUCAUAAAUUUGCAUCUCUGGUUACUUUAAUAUGCAAUAUAUAACAGUUACAUCUCUGCUGAUGCUGAUGCUUAUAUGUUUGAUUAUGAAAUCUGUUAUAAACUUAUAUAAUUAAGGAAUGAAAAAGUUUUGUGUUAUUGUAUAGUUUUCAUGGGGUACACAACUGUAUGUAAGAUGCAUAUCUUUUAAUUUAAAAAGAAUUAAAACGUUUGUUAUAAUAUU